AAAGCCCCGCACUGGACUGCAACAUAGUCAAAGAGUGAAAGGGAAGAGGGCGAAAGUGCCACUGGAGAUAAUUGAUUACCUACCAAUCAAUGAUAACUUGUUAGUAAUCGUCAACUCUUUGGACCUCGCCAUUUUCAGGGAGGCAUCUCACUCCUGCGGACUUGCUGCUCCCGAGGAUCGACACUUUGAAGACAUCCCAUUUUGGAAUAAGAUUUUCUUUUCUUCAUUCUCUCCUCCGCGUCUUUGUUUUUUUUUUAACCUCCUAACUGUUAUGUGACUUUUUUCCUCGAUAGCUUCGCUCGUUUUUAACCGCUGAAUAUUUCGACGAAGUCCUGUAUAAACUCUGCGCACAACCAAUGAUGACAUCCAAAGAAGUGGCCAAAUGUGAUGCAGUGGAAAACAGGAGGCGAAGUCCUCUGGACCACUUGCCGCCUCCUGCCAACUCCAACAAGCCGCUGACCCCCUUCAGCAUCGAGGACAUCCUGAACAAACCGUCUGUGAAACGAAGUUACACAAUUUGCGGCACAGCUCAUCUAAUUUCGUCCUCUGAGAAGCACCGUCCGUCCAGCAUCCCUCUGUCCAGCCGGGCUCUCCUCACCCAAACCUCCCCGCUCUGCGCGCUAGAGGAACUGGCCAGCAAGACCUUCAAGGGGCUGGAAGUCAGCGUUUUACAGGCUGCAGAAGGCCGGGACGGGAUGACUCUAUUCGGCCAGAGAAGCACCCCCAAGAAGCGUCGGAAGUCUCGGACGGCGUUCACCAAUCACCAAAUCUACGAGCUGGAGAAGCGCUUCCUGUACCAGAAGUACCUGUCCCCGGCCGACCGGGACCAGAUCGCGCAGCAGCUGGGCCUGACGAACGCGCAGGUCAUCACGUGGUUUCAGAACCGGAGGGCCAAGCUAAAACGGGACCUGGAGGAGAUGAAGGCCGACGUGGAGUCGGCCAAGGCCGUCGGCCAGGUCCCCUUGGACAAGCUCGCCAAGCUGGCAGACCUAGAGAAAUGCGCCAACGGCACGCUAGGCCACCCGCGAGGCGAGUCCCCCGCGCGGGGCGGACUGCAGGAGCACGAGCUCGCUCAGAAACUGCGGUCGUCGCCGCUGUCUCCAUUCUCAGACCACACAACUAGUAAAGAGUGCUCAGAGGACGAGGACGUGGAGAUUGAUGUGGAUGACUGAUGGCGCAGCGUGAGGCUGGAAGGUCCAGAAACACAAAAAGACGAUAAAACAUCCCACCGAGGACUUGUAUCUUACUGCUUAUAUUGUAUACCAUAUCUCAGAACAUGUACCAAAAUGUGUGACUUUUAUAUCGGCACAGAUAGACCUAUUCAUAGUGAAGCAUGAACACAGAACAAGAAAUAUGCAGUGGUAUUUUACAAUGUAUUCAUUAGCAAACUGUUACUUCUUGCAAUCAAAGCAAUAUGGUCUAAAAUGACAUGAGUAACUUAUUAUUUUUCUACACUAUAGGCCAACACACACACCUACACUUAAACACACACACACACACACACACACACCUGUUCCAUCGCUUUUCCCACAUGGCCUACCCUCACACACCACAAUGAAAGUGCUCCAGUUUUUUCAUAUUUUUUGCAUGUAAAUGCAUGAUUUGAUUUGUGAUCAUUAUCUAUUUAUUUUUACUUUAUUCUUUUUUUUAUUUAAUAGUUUUUGUGUUUUCUGUGAGCCAAAUCGCCAUUGAGUCACAUUGUCAUUGCCGGUUCUUCUUCUCCUCUUCCUCCUCCUCCUCAUCUGACUGUGACCCUUGACUUCAGUUCAUAUUCGGCGUUCCGAUGCUGCAUUGCAUGAUGAUGAUGAUGAUGAUGAUGAUCGGAAAGGCAAACUCGGACAUUCACAGUUAUGCGUUUUAUGGAAAAUGCUCAAGCGAUGGCGAGAAACAAAAAUUAAUAUUGCGGUGAUUUGGACGAGCUAUAUGCUACUUUUUAGAUUUAUUGUUUGGAUACAAUAGAUUUACAGUUAUAACUUUGUUAUGUUUUGUACACCUGUAAGUGCCUUUCUUAAAUCAGGACAUUAUUUGAAAACCAAUGCACAGACUGUAAUGUAUAUAGGCUACUAUGGGAAUAAAAUGGCUUUUCUGAAUAUA